AUGGCUUCUGGGCGAAAGGACUUUUUGAGCCAGCCGGCGCCCGAGAACUAUGUGGCAGGCCUUGGUCGAGGUGCGACCGGGUUCACCACCCGUUCAGAUCUCGGACCUGCGCGAGAAGGGCCCACGCCAGAGCAAAUCCAGGCUGCAUUGGCAAAGCGCGCGCAGCUUCUGGGCGCGGCGCCGCCAACUGCCUAUGGUGCAGGACGCGAAAAGGGCGGCAAGGACGAGAAAGCUGACGAGGAGGAGGACGAUGAACGUUUCCAGGACCCAGACAACGAAGUCGGACUUUUCGCAUACGGACAAUUCGAUCAGGAGGAUGACGAGGCAGACCGCAUCUACAGGGAGGUGGAUGAAAAGAUGGACAAGCGCCGCAAGAUGAGAAGGGAAGCCCGCGAACAGCAAGAGCGAGAAGAAUACGAGCGCAAAAACCCCAAGAUUCAGCAGCAAUUUGCCGACUUGAAACGGUCCUUAGCCUCUGUCUCCGAGGAGGAUUGGGCCAAUCUUCCGGAAGUGGGGGAUCUUACAGGGAAGAAUCGGCGAGCGAAGCAGAACUUACGGCAGCGGUUCUACGCAGUUCCUGACAGCGUCAUCGCCAGCGCAAGGGACUCAACCCAGUUCGAUACGACUGUCGCCGAUGAUGGUACUCAGAUGAGUGUCGAAGGAACGCCGGGCGCCGAUGGGACAAUCACGAAUUUCGCCGACAUAAGUGCUGCUCGAGAUAAGGUCUUGAAAGUUAGGCUUGACCAAGCCGCUAUGGGUUCGUCUGGGGAUUCUGUUUCUGGGAGCGCCACCAAUGUUGAUCCCAAGGGAUACCUUACGAGUCUCACUCAGUCGGAGCUCAAGGCAGGCGAAGUAGAGAUCGGAGACAUCAAGCGAGUACGAGUGCUAUUGGAGUCUGUGACGAGAACGAAUCCAAAACAUGCGCCUGGCUGGAUCGCACUUGCACGCCUGGAAGAAUUAGCCGGCAGAAUCGUGGCUGCCCGCAACGUUAUCGCCAAAGGUUGCGAGCUGUGUCCCAAGAGUGAAGAUGCGUGGCUUGAAAAUAUCCGACUCAAUGAGGGUCACAAUGCCAAGGUCAUCGCUGCGAAUGCCAUUAAGAACAACGACCGCUCUACCAGACUCUGGAUUGAAGCCAUGAGGUUGGAGUCGGAACCUCGAGCGAAGAAGAAUGUUCUUAGACAGGCAAUUCUCCAUAUUCCUCAGUCUGUCACCAUCUGGAAAGAGGCUGUCAACUUAGAAGAAGAUCCCGCAGACGCGCGCCUCCUCCUGGCGAAGGCCGUUGAAAUGAUCCCCCUAUCUGUAGAGCUGUGGCUCGCUCUAGCACGCCUAGAGACUCCCGAAAAUGCCCAGAAGGUGCUCAAUGCCGCCCGGAAGGCGGUGCCCACCAGCCAUGAAGUCUGGAUCGCGGCUGCACGACUACAAGAGCAGAUGGGUACUUUCGAAAAGGUAAAUGUGAUGAAGAGAGCCGUCCAGUCUCUCGCGAGAGAGAAUGCCAUGCUCAAGAGGGAAGAGUGGAUAGCAGAGGCAGAACAGUGUGAAGAGGAGGGUGCCAUCCUCACCUGCGGUGCCAUCAUCCGCGAGACCCUCGGAUGGGGCCUGGAUGAAGAUGACGACCGCAAAGAUAUAUGGAUGGAUGAUGCGAAGGCUUGUAUUGCCAGGGGGAAGUAUGAGACUGCGAGAGCGGUAUAUGCUUAUGCACUGCGCGUUUUUGUUAAUCGUCGGUCAAUUUGGCUCGCGGCAGCCGAUCUUGAGCGUAACCACGGCAGCAAGGAAGCGUUGUGGCAAGUCCUCGAAAAAGCGGUGGAAGCUUGCCCGCAAAGUGAGGAGCUAUGGCUACAACUUGCCAAGGAAAAAUGGCAGUCCGGGGAGAUUGACGAUGCCCGGAGAGUACUGGGUCGCGCGUUCAACCAAAACCCUAACAAUGAAGACAUCUGGCUGGCCGCGGUUAAGCUGGAGGCCGACGCGGACCAGACCGAUCAGGCCAGAGAACUGCUUGCAACCGCUCGCCGCGAAGCAGGAACCGAUCGCGUCUGGAUUAAGAGUGUGGCUUUUGAGCGACAGCUGGGUAACAUCGACGAUGCACUUGAUCUAGUGAACCAAGGUCUCCAACUCUACCCCAAGGCUGACAAGCUCUGGAUGAUGAAGGGCCAGAUCUAUGAAGCUCAAAACAAGUACCCGCAAGCGCGGGAGGCUUAUGGGACUGGUACCAGAGCUUGUUCCAAGUCUGUCCCUCUUUGGUUGCUGGCCUCGAGGCUGGAAGAAAAGGCCGGUGCUGUCGUCAAAGCUCGCUCCGUGCUCGAUAGAGCCCGUCUCGCGGCACCCAAGAGUCCGGAACUAUGGGUAGAGAGCGUCCGGGUGGAACGCCGUGCAAACAACAUUUCCCAGGCCAAGGUUCUGAUGGCAAAGGCUUUGCAGGAAGUCCCAACGUCCGGACUACUGUGGAGCGAAAGCAUCUGGCACCUCGAACCACGCGCACAGCGGAAGGCUCGGAGUCUGGAGGCGAUCAAGAAGGCGGACAAUGACCCCGUUCUAUUCAUCACGGUCGCCCGCAUAUUCUGGGGGGAGCGUCGUUUGGAGAAGGCAUUGACAUGGUUCGAGAAGGCUAUUGUUUCCGACAGCGAUUUGGGCGACGGGUGGGCGUGGUACUAUAAAUUCUUACUGCAGCAUGGCACAGAGGAUAAACGAGCGGACGUAGUGUCCAAAUGCAUUUCCACCGAGCCCAAGCACGGAGAGGCUUGGCAAUCCGUGGCCAAAGACCCAGCCAACGCGCGCAAGUCGACGGAGGAGGUUCUCAAAAUGGUUGCGGACGGUCUGACCUGAUGUCGGAGUUCCUGCGGACUCUCAACACAGCAUCCCUACUUGACCUUCGCACCCCGGAUCUGGCAUUUGGACGCGGCGGAAGGCCGUCAGCCCUACAUAGCAUUUGGUCUGCAUAAACCCGAUCGGCAGCCGCAAUUACAACCACACGAGCGAGGCCCGGCUUCAACAUCUCCGUGAACCACCUUUCAAUCAAACCUGCAGGCUGAGUGCCUUCCGUCCCAGAAUCUCUUUCUGUUUCUAGAAAUGACCAAAGCCAAACGGCCCACCAAGGAUAUGUCAGGAAUGAAAAAUAUAAUGUACAGUACAUCGCACAACGAUAUCUCACCUUGGCAGAGAAGAAGAGAAAGCAUAGCAUAAUCGCCGG